UGUCUGCCUGUACUUGGGCUCGGAUGACAGGGAAGGCUUGGCAGAACAGGGCCAAAUUCCUCGCAGGAAAAGAUUUCGCUGAAUGAUGUGAUCAUUUUGUAACUGCAAAAAUGGUAUAUGAUAUCGACAUCAAUGAACGGAAAUUGGUUCGCAACAUUAUGAUCUGAAUUUGGCCCUGUUUUCUCCAAGAGGAAACCUUUCAUCAUGGCGCAUGUGCUUCAACUUCUGUCCAGGGAGAAGCGAAACAAAACAAGCUUAUGAGUGACGAGAGUGACGACAGCGUCGACACUGUCAUUUCCGCUCUUGAUUCCCGCCUUUUGCAGUCCCUAUCUGCUUCCGACUCUCUGUCUCCUGAAGACGUCCUUCCCAAGACCCCCACUUCUGACAGUGGAAAUACCGAGCAAUUAGACGCCAUGGGUAAUCGUCAUGGUGGAGACAAGAAGAAGAAAAAAGAAGACGAGAAGCAUACAGAGAAACCUGAGGACAAACCCAAGCGAAAAGGGAAGAGGUCCAAAGGUAAAUCAAAGAGACAUUCACAACAUGUUGAAGGAGAGGGUUCUUCGGGACAUGGUCCAGGUGCCUGCGCCUCUCCUUCCAGUUCAAGUUCUAAACCCAAAUCUAAGAGACCUGAUGUUUUGGCCGACUUGGGAACCCAGGCUUCUGGAUCACCUCUGGGAAGUCCAGGAAGUUCCCAAGGUACAUGGUCACAUGAUGACGAAUCGGAUGUGAGUACAGUCGGGUACAGUACUCCUCUUUUAUCAACUCCUCAAGUCCAACGAUAUGUUUUACCAAAACAGUCACCGGUCCAGACCUCUACUGAGAGGUUGGAGGAGCUUGGUCGGUCAAUUGAGAGAACUAUUAUAGACAAUCUGUCUGACAGACCUCCAGGGGAAGAAGGUGCUGCUGCUGCUUCUCCGCCAUCCACAACAUCUACAACUGAAAGCAAAGGAAAACGAAACGUAAAGAAAAAGAGGGCACUAGGCCAGGCUGUACUGGACAGUGACAGCUUCACUCUACCACUUCAGGAUAUCAAACAUGAUAAGGCAGCUACAGUCUCACCUCAAGCAAAGAGACUAAAUGUGGGCAGCGAAAAAAUAUCUCUCCGUGCUUCUCAAGAGUGCCCUGUGUCACCAUGGCUGCGGGAUGAUGACACGCCAAUCGAUGAGGAGCAGAUGGAUGAAAUGUUUAUCAGCUGUAUUGACCUGUCUUACAACCUCGCUGACAUUUGUUCUGAGAAGGAGUUUACAGAAUAUGGCUCACUUGAAUCAAGAAAGCAGACAAACACUGAUUCAUCUCGAUCAAAAGAAACAUCAUUGUCACCACGAAUUGCCAGGAAAACAGUACAAUCAAACUCGUCACCCUUACCAAAACGCGUUGUAUCAAAGAUAAAAGCAGCCGAUUCGAGGGACACUCCCCCCAAAUCUGAUUCGUCCACUUCCACUCUUGCAGAAAUUGGACUUGAUACUCGGGAAGAGGCUAGGAGUUUGGAUUGCCUGGAUUCUACAGAUAUUUCUGGGAGGGGCACAGACACGCUUAAACAAAGCGCCAUUGUUGAAGCUGAUACACACGAACAUUCUGUGACGACAUCAUGUGUCAUUAACAGCGGAUCGGGUGCUAAACCUAAAGACGCACAAAAAACAAAGAAAUCUGGAAAAUCGAAAAAGAAAUCGAAAAAGAAAAAGAAUAGAUACACUAACACAAGUGUAACUGACAUUCCGUUAAUAAAAGAAUCUUCAGAUUCAACGGGAGUAAGUUCUGGAGAUAAGGGGAAUAUAGAUUCCGCUUCUGAAAGCCCGGGACAUACUACAAUCACAGUGAAUGAUAAUUUAGAACUAAGUGCAGAAAGUGCAUUUUCAAAAGCAGUUGACAACAGUCAAGCAAAACUGCCAGUGACAGACAGUAUUCUCGACCAAACGUCAACAUGUCUCAAUUCAGAGAAAACAUUGAAAGAUAAAAGUCAAAUUUCUGAACCUUUAUUGGACAUGUCUAAAUAUACCAUCACAAAAAUGGAAGAACAAGUUCAAGAUAACAGAAGGAAUACUGAGGCUGUGAAUGAAGAUAUUUCUGACGAAUCAAACACCAUGUCCCCAGAAGUAGCCAUUUCUGAUGUUAGUUCUGACGUUAUAAAAUCAAUCUCAGAUAGUAAAAGCACAAAUGAGAUUGAAAACGGCCAACCUCUCAAAGACACCAGUGAAAGUGCAACAAGCGAAAGUGUUACAAGUGAUGGGAAGGUUGAUGACACAAAACAGGGCACACCUGAACGGACUGAUCAAGCGGGUGAAAAUCUUUCUCCUUCAGAGCCUGCAUCACCUAAGCAUGUACCUCCCCCAAGUCCCUCAGCUAUGGAUGCACUUGCUGAAGUAGAUGAGGAGGACGAAGAGGCACUGGACUCAUUGGAACAAACAACACAACUAAAUGAGGUCCAACUGUUUGGUGAAACAGUUUUUAAACGACUUUCAAGUCUAGUGGAAAGUCAAAGUCAAGAUGAAGACAUAGAUGACAGAUUCAAAGAUUUCUCAGAUAGUGUUGAUCCCGAGGAUGCAGAUCCUAGACCUGUGAAUUUAGGAACAAUGGGUCUUGUUGGCGAUGAUUUGGAUGGAUCUAUAGGAACCAAGACGCCAGAGGUAUCACCUGAACAUGAGGUGCGACUAGAGACAAGUCCACCCAAAGAAAUUGUUGAAGAAACUAUUUUACCUGCUACAGUGAAAAUUGUUGAGAGAUCAGUUGUAUCUAUACCUGCUGAGACAAUUGAGGAUGUUUCUCCAAUUUCCAUGAAGAAAGUUGAUGAAUCAUACAUAGAAGACAAAGACGGAUAUAUCAUUGAUGACGGUACCUUAAAAUCAAAGAAGAAGAGGAAAUCAGGCAAAAAGAAGAGUGGAAAAGACAAAAGCAAAUCCAAAAAUGACACACAGGGGAAUGUAGUGAGGAAACCAGAAAUACCUGUUGAGUUAAAGCAAGUUGAAAACACGCAUGAUUCAGCAGCAAAGACUAAAUCCGAUGAAGGGAACACUGUCAGUGAGACUUAUGAAUCAGAAAAAGAGAACAGUCCUCCAAAGAGGGAGUCUCAGCAGAUCCAAGAUGUUAUUGAAGCCUAUGGACUUGAAAAUAUUGUUGGCGUCAGUGUGGAAAAGUUGUCCGAUGACCACAGUGUGGCAUUAGUUGAUGACAACGCAUUGAAGGAAAGUGAAUACCUCUUGCCACGACCUCUAUAUGAGAGUGAUGAUGACUCUGAUGACAGUUGUGAUAGCAGGUCAAGAUCUUCAGGAGAUCCCAGCACUUCCAGUUUGGAGGUAUGUUCUCGACGAAUUCCCGAAAUCGAGGAGACCUUCAGUGAACUCUUAUCUGUGAAGCAUAUUCUUGAGGACUUGGAAGACAGGACCCCUACCGAAGAAACAUUACCCUCUUUUAUAAGCUCGGAAGGACUGAGGUCGCCACCGGAUUAUUUCAAUAGUCGGCGAUCGAGGAUGUCCCCAGCUAUCACUGACCGGACAGAAUCUGAUUUAGACAUAUCAGAACAAAGAGAUGAUAUCAGUACCGACAGCAUGUAUGCCGACGACGAAGAUGAUGGUGCAAGUGAGGUGUUAUUCAGUCGUAGCUACAGUGAACCUGAUGGCAAUGAAGUCGUCGUCAGCUGCACCUUCUACAACACACAACAUAACAACAACACCAACGACAGUGACGACUUUUGGGAGGAUUACACAACAGCGGAUGAGAGUUUCAAACAGAUCGAGAUCUCAGCGGACGCGGCGUCGUCGACCUUCCAGAAUGCACGGAAACAGAUGCACGACAUCCACCAACAUCUGCAGGACCUGCGACGUCAAAUGGAACAUCUACAGGAGGAGGUGGAGCACGCCACCUUAACGCCCGAGUAUUCUAUGGACUCAGAGGAUAAAAGACCCAUCACUGAAUAACGUGUAUUCCUUAAUGAAUUGACUUUUGAAUUCUACAUUAAAUGACAUUAUAAUGAAUGUAUGACAGCUAUUCAAGGGAUUUAUCAAUAAUAUAUUGAUUAUACAAAUCAGGAGUGAGGUGGGGGAGGAGACGAUUCUGUAUACAGUGAACCUCGUUAAUACGGACCUCAUUUAUUCGAAAACACCUCCUUGCACAUGAUUACUCACACAUUCAAAGAUUACUCCAAACCAAUCAUUAGUCAUUUUGUUUCACUCGACUUAAUGCGGUUCGCAUUCACGGAAUUUCACUGUAUAUCUAAAUACGUAAGAAGAAAGUGCUGUUAAUAUUAAGAUACCAUGUACAUUACUUAACUGGGAACUCGAAAAUACAUGUACUGAGACAACCAGUAUUGUCCCUCAAGGCUGUGAGCGAGGUGACUAUUUUCUAACAUUUAUGGUCCCAAGUCACCAGGAGUUGGUUGGUGUUAUAUUUUACUGUCCCAGUUUACAGUUCAACAGUUGACACUGAUGACAACGUUAUCCCAGUUACUUCAUCAUAAGACUUGCGUUCCUAUCACAGCAUAAUUCAUUAACGAGUCAUUCAACUACUUUUCCUUACGUAAUUGAACUAGAUUUAACUGCAGGUUACCAUGGCAAUACAAUCUCGGAAGACGCAGAUCUUUCAUUCAGCCAGGCUGGCCUGGAAAUCGCUCAUUAAAUUAGUUUCUAUAUAUUUCUGAAUUACCACAAGCUACCAUGACGAAAGUCCUUUAUCUUUCUACCCACGCUGGAUUAGGCGAUAAUUUAAUGACUUUCAAACCAACUUUUACAACACCAUGGGGUAGAAUGUUUGAUCCUUGAACAGUUGAUGUUCAAGUUGCAAUGAAUAUGUCGAACUGAACUGGCCAGUACCAGUAUGAACUCUACGUGCACUACCGUGUACCCCUGUUUAUUGAUAAUAGAUUCUUCCAAAACACGAUAUCGACACAGAUAUUUAAGUCUUCGGGUGUGAAGACGAGAUUUUACGUUCGCUUCAAAUAUUUUCUUCCAGUUCGCCGCAGUCACUCCGCAUCAUGGCAUAUCCAUCUGCAUUGUACACUUUCACACUAUUGUUGCGCUUCAUGACAGAGGGUUGGAUUUAUUUGGGAACAUGGAAUGAGAUGUAAUAUAUAAACAAAGAUCUGGAAAGAUCUUGGGGCGUCUAAUCGCGUCCUAUGUUCAGAAAUUACUUUUGAAUACUUUUGGGAUGAUUCUGGAACCACCAGUAAAUGCUAUAAUACUAUCAAACCAGCUAUGUAUUUCCAAGACCAAGCCCAGGUUGAUUAUCGCCAUUGACAGAUGUUCUUGUUGUUUUAUUUUGGUUCAAUUUCCGACAUUAAAGGAGCAGUUUUGUUUUCUGCAUGACGAAAACCCGGCUCUUAUAGAAAAUCGCGUAUAUUUGACGAGUAAUAUUUUCUCAACAGAAAUCAAAAUGAAUUUUUGUAUUUGGGAAAAAAUAACAUACCUUUGAAACUAUUUGGUUUUGUUUGGUAUGAGAACGUUGUAGCUCAGAUAACGAUGUACGAGUCCAUGGGUAGGCCGAGGAAGAAAAGCGAAGAAUUCAGAACGUGUUGUGACGAGAGUGACAUUUGUACCUUUCACAUUUAGCUGAUUAAGUAUUAUUAAUAUGUGUACAUUUUUAACUAGCUUGAGCAUUAUUAGACCUGGGGUUGGAUUGUAAUAUGUCGAACUUCUUUGUUUGAACUCUAAUAUUUUUUGUCAACUAUUGAUUAAAACAUAUUUAAAUAUCAA